UUAUCCUUACACCGCCCCCUUUUCAUUCACAAUGGCUUCGGAGCAGGUCCCCGCCGCUGAGGCUGCCAACGACGACGUCUUCCAGGGCGCCAUCGGUAUUGACCUUGGUACCACGUACUCAUGUGUUGCUCACUUCGUUCCUGGCUCUGAGCGAGUCGAGAUCAUCGCCAACGACCAGGGAAACCGCACCACCCCUUCAUACGUCGCCUUCACCGAGUCUGAGCGUCUCAUUGGUGACGCUGCCAAGAACCAGGCUGCCAUGAAUCCCAGGCAAACGGUCUUCGACGCCAAGCGUCUCAUUGGCCGCCGUUAUGACGACCCCGACGUCAAGAAGGACAUGCAGAGCUGGCCCUUCAAGGUCAUUGACCGUGAUGGAGCCCCCGUCAUCCAGGUCGAGUACCUCGGUGAGACCAAGCAGUUCUCCCCUCAGGAGAUCUCUGCCAUGGUCCUCUCCAAGAUGAAGGAGAUUGCUGAGGCCAAGAUCGGCAAGGAGGUCAAGAAGGCCGUCGUCACUGUCCCCGCCUACUUCAACGACUCGCAGCGUUUGGCUACCAAGGACGCUGGCUCUAUCGCUGGCCUCGAGGUGCUCCGUAUUAUCAACGAGCCCACCGCCGCUGCCAUUGCCUACGGUCUCGACUCCAAGUCGUCGACUGAGAAGAACGUCCUCAUCUUCGACCUGGGAGGAGGAACCUUCGAUGUCUCGCUCCUCAACAUCACCGGUGGUGUCUUUGCCGUCAAGGCCACGGCCGGUGACACCCACUUGGGUGGUGAGGACUUCGACGCUGCUCUCCUCGACCACUUCAAGAAGGAGUUUGAGCGCAAGAACAAGCUCGACAUUUCCGACGACCCGCGAGCUGUUCGUCGUCUGCGUUCGGCCUGCGAGCGUGCUAAGCGCACUCUGUCCUCCGUCACCCAGACGACCGUCGAGGUUGACUCGCUCUUCCAGGGCGUCGACUUCUCGGCCAACAUCACUCGUGCUCGUUUCGAGGAGAUCAACGCCACUACCUUCAAGGGCACCAUCGACCCCGUCUCCAAGGUCCUCAAGGACGCCAAGAUGAACCCCGACAAGGUCGAUGACAUCGUCCUCGUCGGUGGCUCGACUCGUAUCCCCAAGAUCCAGUCCCUUGUCUCUGAGUUCUUCAACGGCCGUCAGCUCAACAAGUCGAUCAACCCCGACGAGGCUGUUGCCUACGGUGCCGCCGUCCAGGCUGCUGUCUUGACCAACCAGACCUCGGACAAGACUGCCGACCUCCUCCUCCUCGACGUCGCUCCCCUCUCCCUCGGUGUCGCCAUGCAGGGUGACGUCUUUGCCCCCGUCAUCCCCCGCAACACCCCGAUCCCGACGACCAAGUCGCGCACCUUCACGACCGUCGAGGACAACCAGCAGCAGGUCACUUUCCCCGUCUACGAGGGAGAGCGCACCCAGUGCAAGGACAACCGUCUUCUCGGCGAGUUCGAGCUCACCGGUAUCCCGCCUAUGCCCAAGGGCCAGGCCGAGCUCCUCACCACCUUCGAGGUCGACGCCAACGGUCUCCUGCGUGUCACUGCUCAGGACAAGGCUUCCGGCCGCACCGCCAACAUUACCAUCACCAACUCGGUCGGCCGUCUCUCUUCGACUGAGAUCGACCAGAUGAUCAAGGACUCUGAGCAGUUCAAGAACUCGGACAAGGAGUUCCAGGCCCGCCACGACGCUCGCAACGACCUCGAGGCUUACGUUUCGUCCGUUGAGUCGACGAUCAGCAACCCUGCGGCGACGAUCAAGCGUGCUGGUAAGAUGGAGGUCGAGCAGCAGCUCGCCAAGGCGCUGGAGGUUCUCGAGCUCGACUCGGCCACGUCAGACGACUACAGGAAGGCUUCGCUCCGCCUCAAGAGGGCGACCAACCGCGCUUUCCGCAACUAAGCAUGUGCGUGCGCGAUUGUGGGGCUUUUCUAGGAGGAAGUCAGUAGUGCGGGCGAGGCGAUGUUGGAGGCUGUGAUGAUGAACUCUUUUUUCCUGGUCUCUUGCAUCUGUUCUGUUCUCCCGUGGCUGCAUCUUGGGUCUCGUCUCCUGUGAUCUCUCUCCUUAUCAAAAAGACGUCCUUUGACUCGGC